GAGAAGCUUACCGAUUACACAUGUAGCCCAGAUUACAUGACUUCUUGGACUCAGAAGACAACUUCACAGCAAAACUUCAUCAAUUGGAUUUGGGAAUGUGAAGAUCUUUAACUGACUACUUCUCUUUAACUGGAUUGUAUUGUAUUGCACGAUGAGGAGAAACCUGACUACUUCUCUUUAACUGGAUUUGGGAAUGUGAAGAUCUCGCAUCUACGACAUUAUCACGCUCAUUUGCUGCAACAAGCGUUUGAUAUGAAGAUGAGGAUCACAUCGUACUGGACAAUCGUCCUGCGAAGGAUUGUGGAUAAUCUUGCUCUGUUUCUUCAGUUUUCUGUGAAGAAUCUGGUCAAUAGUCAGUUUCAGAAGGAGAUAGUUGCGGAAAUGGUGGAUACAAGAGCUGGCGGAGGAAUUGAGAGGAUGCUGGAGGAGUCUCCGUCGGUUGCGAGCAAGAGGGAGAAGCUGAAGAACUGUAUCAAGCUUCUGAAGGAGUCCAAGGACGUUGUGGCGGCGAUCGUUGAUCAGAAUUCUGGGUACGGAGAUCGUUGAUCGAUUGCUUCUUCCGUCGAGCUUUUGGUGAAGUCGGGUUAUGGAGAUCAUUGAUGUCGGGUCGGGUUCUCUGAUGUUGAAGUUGGGCUUGGGCCUUUUGUAGUUUUUGAACAUUUGAAUUUUCUGGCCUCUUUUAUGUUUUUAAUCUCUUUGUAUGGUAUAAUACUAUAAUGUAACAACGCUAAGCUAAACGUUAUGUCGUCUUUAC